AUGUGUGUCACAGCUGAUGACGUCAGCAUAAACAAAACAUUCACAUCAUCAUCUUCAUCAUCGCUGUUGUCGUCAUCACCACAGCCGGAAGACAGUCUAGACACGGAUUUCGAUGCUGGGAGAGAAUCAACUUCCGGUGUAAUAAGCUCCACCCUGGUCUCCUAUUGGACAUGGGCGGCUACUCUUCUACAGUCUACCACUGUUACCGUUAUGUACGGGAUAAGCGGGGCAUACUGGUACGCCGCAGGUGCCACCAUACAAAUCCUCCUCUUCAGCAUCAUCAUCGUGAUGUUGAAGGUCAAGGCCCCCGGAGCUAAAACCUACCUCCAAGUCAUCAGGGCCCGGUUUGAUAGGGCCACCCACUUAACCUUCUGCGUCUUUGCACUCGUCACAAAUUUUGUCGUUACCGCAAUGCUUAUGCUGGGAGGUGCCACUGUCCUGACGAACAUGAUAAAGGGCCUGUCCAUAGAGAUGGGGACGCUACUGGUGGUCGGGACCAUCUUCAUCUACACCUUCACUGGCGGUCUCAGUGCCACCAUGUAUGUCUCGUACUUCAACACGGCCGUCAUGCUGCUACUGGUUUUAGUGUUUUUGUAUAAGGUUUUUUAUGCCGCACAGACUGGUGGCCACGGAAGCGGCGUUGACUCCGUAUAUGAUACGUUGAUAUGUUUCAAAGUGAACCAGGCAGGCAACAUGGCCGAUAGCCAUUUGACGAUGUAUUCAGCGAGGGGAUUGAUAUUCGGCAUCAUCAAUAUUGUUGGAAACUUUGGCGCCGUUUUUGUCGACCAAUCGUAUUGGCAGUGUGGGGUGGCGGCUAAACCCUUUUCAGCAGUAGCUGGCUUCUUAUUAGGUGGCCUCACCUGGUUCACCAUUCCUCUAACCUUCGGGACUACCAUGGGCCUGGCUUAUAGGGCCAUCCAGGUCCUGGAUCGAAACGUCACGACGAUGUGGAGAGGACUUGAUGAUGAUUCGGUGAAGAAAGGAUUGGUGGCCCCGUACGUAGCCAAUAGACUGAUGGGAACGAGUGGUAAUCUCAUGUGCGUCAUAUUGGUGGUCAUGGCGAUUACUUCGACUGGGGCUUCCCAGAUCAUAGCCGUGACGUCAGUGCUCGUUUAUGACGUGUACCAAUUGUAUUUGAAGGUCGGGGGGGCUUGGGUGAUUUUAUUGAAUUUUGUUAUAUUCACCAUCGCCAUCCUACCACUGACCAUCGUAAUGUACUAUUUAUCGGUCAGUUUAAAUUGGGUAUAUUCAUUCAUGGGCAUUCUGAUUGGUUCAGCCGUUCCUCCAAUCAUAUUGUCCCUAACCUGGUCGAGAUUGACCGGAAGAGGAAUGAGUUUUGGAGUCGUCGGUGGUACAAGCUGCGGAUUAGUCGUCUGGUUGAUGUAUGCGGGUCUAAAAAAUGGCGGGCUUUCGGAUUUUUUCGAAAGUACAGAAACGAGCAUGUUGGCAGGCAACCUGGCCUCGAUAAUAUCUGGGGCGGUCAUCACCGUCGUAACCAGCGUGGUCCUAAAUAGGUCAAACAAUGAUGAGAAGAACAGGGAGACGUGGGAGAUGACCAGGGAUAUCGAUAACCCUCUUAGGCCCUGGACAGAACUUUAUUCAAAGGAACUAAAUUUAGCUCCGACCGAGCAAUUAGAUUCGAGACCAUCUCUAGAAGCGAUGGAAUCAAAAUACCGACGGGCCAAGCACUUGGCGAUUAUUUUUUCCGCCAUAUUCACUAUUUUGUUAGUGUUAGUCUGGCCGGCACUCAUGCUAAUCAGUGAAGUCAUGGAUAGAAAGAGUUUCACACUUUGGGUUAAUUUUUUUAAUGAUUUUACAUUUUUUUAA